GAAACAGCUGUUGAAGUCAAAACGGGUUAAGAUGUUAGUCGCAUAAGCCGGGUCAACAUGGAGCCCGCGGUUAAACGUCAACACGUAGUGCUACGUUGUUUUCCAUCCUAGAAUUUGUUUCCCAGAUGACACAGGACAAUGACGCGCUCGAAGAUCCAGAUAAAAUUUGUUCGACUUCUGUUGAUCUUCCUCCUAGCACAGAGCGCAGUAUGCGAUGGAAGUUUUAAGAUAAACAAGAAGGUACCUGAAGCACCAUCGAUAGACGAAAGUGGUAAUGGAGUUCUCCAAAAAAAUAGCGCGCAAAAAGGCGAGCAACAAAUCGCGGUAUCAGCCGGUGGUACAAUUCCCGAGGGUAAUAAAACUGUGAACAAUAUAACCUCAAAGCCAUCGUUAGAUGUUAAUAAAACUGUACAUACUACAGAGCCACGAGGAGAGCAUGCAGCUGAAGGACACACACCUACUUUAAAUGCCGGUGCUCUAAAGCGUGGUCUUUACGUGUUUGUGGGCCUAAGUGUUCUUGUUAUGGCCUAUAUCAUGUUCCGUAGUUUUAGGUUAAGUAAAACACGUGCCCAAAUGGUCAGAAAGUAUGGUAUUCUUGCACACAGACAGGAUGUUGAAAUGCGACCGUUACCUCUAGAUGAGGAGGACGACGAAGAUACUACCGUAUUUGAUGCCAGUAAUGUUCUUGCGAACAAUGUUCAACAUCAGAAUUUAUAGAACAUAAUCAGCAUAAAGUAUGUUGAUUAUAUUGCGACAUAAAGUCUUGAUUACGUGACAAAUUUUCUCAUAAAUGUGGUGUUCUUCAGAAUAUGAAUAUACACUGUAAAAACUUGGCACAUACAUUUUUUAAUAUUUUUGCAUAUAAAAUUGCUUGCUUGCAUACGUCAAAUUGUACUAUCAAGAAUGCAUUCAACAAUGCACUCAACUUUACGAGUAAUGCUUUCCAGCAAUAGAUGUACUUUGUCAAACAAAAGUGAGAUGUUUUUAUGAAACAUCUUCAAUUCCUUAACAUAAGUGAGUGAUAAAAGAAAAACUUUAAACAUCCGUUGUUUACAAAUAAAUAAAUGACGGGUAUCUAUAUCUACUCUUAUACAAAUUAUAUUUUAAUUAGACUAUGUUGUUAUAAUUGAAAUUAUACAAAUACAGAUUGUCUCUAUUUUAUUUAAUGCUACACAUUUAAUAAACAUUAUGUACAAAAUA